AUUAAGAACAGCACUGAACACAUAAAAAGAAUUGUCGUUUUGUUUCGUUGACAUAUCAGCCAAAACUGUUAUUGAAUUCAGAUAAAGAAAGAGAAAUUGAGAAGGAAUAUUGGAAAGAUGUUCAAGGUCUUGCUGAUCAUUACUGCAUGCUUCCUAUCGGCAGAUGCAAGAAAACUCGACCUUUUUGGGGAUGAUAACAACGACAAAAAUAUCAUUGACGACGUUGGAAAAAGAUCGUAUAAACCAAUACAAGUUUGUCGAGAUCUUCGAGAAGAAAAACUGGUCGAAACUAGCACUCUUGUCAACAGUGCUGGCUAUUUACAUCCUCCCAAAAUCCUGACAGUAAGCUGUUCUAAAGAACAAGGGGAUGCAACAGGAGUAAAAGAUCCAAGCAUCAUUUGUCAAACCAAAACGAAAACUUUGGAAGUUGUUGAAUAUGAUGACGAAGGGACACUAAUUAGACCGCAUCAGGUCGACGUCUCUGUGGACUGUGUUGCUUAUAAAAUUUAGUGCAUUUAGUAAAUGAAUACAUGCAAUGACU